GUACAUACAGUAGCCUAUGUCAUAUUUCACUGACUCACGCGAGAAUGGACUAUUUGCGAUAGUUACUUGACCCACGUCGCAAGUCUUUUCGCAUGUUCUGGAUUUCCGGAUUUCAACCACUUUGCAUUAAGAGGGCGGUUACCCAUGUUCAAGAUACAGAAUAGAGAGAGAGAGAGGGAAAGAGAGAAACACAGAGAGAAAGAGAGAGAUCCCAGAUUCAAUGCUUGAUAUAAAUGCGACUGAGAAAGUGUUUUGUUAGCUUUCAUGCGUGUGUGACAGGAGCGAAUACACCCUUCACGACUUCAACCUUGCUCUUCAGCACUGUGCCACAAGACAGCGCCAUACAGGCCCAUGUGUACUCCACUGAGCAGCACUAGUCUCCUGGCAAGCAGGUCUUCGCCAUCGUCCGCUGUGGAGAGGAGCUGGGAUGGUGGUGAAGAGUCGCCUGUUCCUAAGAGUCUCGUCUCCUUACCGGGCCCAUCACUCCUGUCCCAACGGCUGCUGAGGCUGCAGCCCUUCAAGAGCCACCUGGUGCCAAACCCGCGGCGCAAGCGGGAGAUGACACCGGCCAGCAAGAAGGACGCCCUGUACUGGGACAAACGCCGCAAGAACAACGAGGCGGCCAAGCGCUCACGCGAGAAGCGGCGCCUCAACGACAUGAUGCUGGAGGGCCAGCUGCUGGCCCUGAGCGAGGAGAACGCCCAGCUGCGUGCCGAGGUCUUCAGCCUGCAGUGCCACCCGCACCAGGGCAGGGAGCCGGACCUCACGCGCCCCUUCCCGCCGCCCACCGCCAUACAGUGUCCAGUGCCAGUUCAAGGACACCCGCUUAUGAGCCAGCCACCGUCCACUCUCUGGGGCUUCAAGGGCAGCUGUGUGCCCCUGCUGGAGGGGCCGAGAAGCAGGUCAGUUGGGAAAGUCUCUUGCCUGGCCCUGUCUCAGAGCCCUUUGAGUGUGUAUCAGAGGGCUCCGGACGUCUUCUCGAGGUCGUCUCCGCUGCUCCCCUCCUUUGUCCACCCCCAGAGCGCGGCCUGUGUUCCUCAUCCAGAGUUCAUCUUUAAGCCCACCAACCUCAGCCAGUCUUCGGCAGAGGCGUCGUCAAAACCACACAAAGCAGCUCAGGUCUCUUCCAGCGAUGACGUCCCAGUGGGAGAAGAGACUGCCCCAGCCCCACUCCAAAAGGCCUUUCCGCCCCAGUGGCAGGUUAUCCCUCCACAAUCCCUCCCCUCCUCUCCUCAGGGUAGCCCCAGCUGGCUGCUGCCUCAUCUCGGGCAAACUGCGCUCCAUGAUGGCUUACUGGUUCCCUGGAACUCCUCCUGCUUCUACCCUUCUUCACUUUACCCCAGCUUGCCCCUGUCGCUCUAUCUGCCCCUAAAACAGGCAGGUUGUACCAAGCACGUAACUGAAGCAUUCCGUUCGCGGAGCGUCCACUGCAACAAUUAGCUUCCACUGCAAUUAGUGGAACUGGCUACACACCAGAGGUGAUAGUGGCACGUUCAUUCAAAAAAUUAGAGAGGUCUUCUGAAACUAUUUUUACACUCCACGAACGGAGCACCUCAAGUGCGGACCUGGAGUAGCCCGUCUGAAAGACUCUGCAUUGCCCUACCGAGUCCUACACACGUGGAGAAAUUUCAACUGAGCUAAAGAGGUACUUGAGUGCUGAGAACUGUUAAAAAUUCUGUUAAAAACUGCAAAAAAUUAUGUGGAAAAAGCAGGUUUUAGAGAUUUACUUCAUCCUAUUUUUAACCUUUCAUACUGUUGUUUAACUGGUAGAAAAUAGCUUUUAUAGUUUUUGAUGACAUGCUGAUUUUCUUUUUGUAAUUUUUCAUCACAAUGGAAAAUGUGUGGAUCAUGGAUUUUGUAGGCUUAUUUUUUAUAAAUUAAACUGAUGUGUGUAA